AUGCGCAAGCAAGACCACAUUGAAGAUGAAUUUCAUUUUCUAAUGGAAUGUCAUCAAUAUAAAACUCAACUGUUCACAUUGGCUAAAAAUGCGAUCCAACAUUUUGACAAUGAUGUUAUUACCAAGAGAUCAGCAGACAUGAUCAUGAAAUCACCAGAUGACCAAGUUCAUCAGUUUGGGAUUGUUGAUUACAUCAUUUUCAGUGUAAUGCUGGGUAUAUCGGCAGGGACAGGGUUGUAUCAUGCUUUCAGUGGAGGGGGACAGAAAACGACAUCAAAAUUUUUAAUGGCUGAUAGAAGUAUGUACAGUAUUCCAGUUGCUAUCUCUGUACUGGCAUCCUUUGUAUCGGCCAUUAGCAUUCUGGGUAUUCCAGCCGAGAUAUUUAUCCAUGGAGCACAGUACUGGAUUAUUGUACUCAGUUUCUUAUUUACAAUUCCCAUAACUGCAAUGGUUUUUAUACCAGUUUUCCAUGGACUAGGAAUUAUCAGUGCCUAUGAAUACCUUCAAAAAAGAUUUAGUGUGAGUGUGCGUAUCUGUGGUUCCUUCCUGUUCUUAACACAGACUGCCUUUUAUAUGGCCAUAGUUUUAUAUGCUCCAGCAUUGGCCCUGGAGGCUGUGACAAAAUUUGAAACCUGGAAGACAGUUUUAAUUACUGGUUCAAUAUGUACGCUUUAUACAUCUUUGGGUGGCAUAAAGGCUGUUAUUUGGACUGAUGUCUUCCAGUUCUGUGUGUUGUUUGGAGCAUUGUUGACUGUUAUUAUUAUGGGUACUAUACACACUGGCGGUAUGUCUUAUAUUUGGCAUUAUAAUUCAAAUCAUGGACAUUUGAAUUUCUUCGACUUUACAGUGGAUCCCACUGCAAGGCUGUCUUUUUGGUCCUUGGUUAUUGGUGGUACAUUCAAUAACUUAUCAAUAUGGGCCGUUAGUCAAACUGCUGUACAGAGAUUUCUAACUUCUAAAUCAAAACAAGAGGCUGUUAAAUCAGUUUGGAUCAAUCUUCCUGGUAAUAUUAUUAUGUUCACUUUUGUAUCAUUCAUUGGAAUAAUAUUAUUUGCAUUUUAUAAUAAUGACAUGACCAGUCUACUUCCUGCUAUAAAUAGUACCAUAAAUGGUAGUAUUGAAGUGAGUGACACAAUGGUUCCUCACUAUACUCCUCAGUACAACUCCAUAGACCAGAUAUUGGUCUUCUUUGUAAGUGAAGAGAUUGGAGGUGUACCAGGGAUGCAGGGAUUAUUUGUAGCUUGUAUCUUCGCCGGAACACUAAGCACUGAGGCCUCUGGUUUGAACGCCAUGGCAACUGUCACAUUUGUAGACAUCAUCAAGCCAUGGAGAGAAUAUCGUCGCCAUAGUAAUCAUUCUAUCAAUACUGCCAGUAUGGAUGCCAGGGAUACAAAAAUAACUAAAAUUUUAACAUUUGUAUUUGGUGUAACGAGUAUAGGAUUGGCAUUUGUGGCAGCACAUAUCGGAUCCCUGGUAAAAAGUGUCAACUCAGUGUUCGGUACAGCAGGCGGCCCACUAUUGGGAAUAUUCACGCUUGGUAUUUUGUUCAAAAGAGCCAACUCAGGUGGCGUCUUAAUUGGUUUAUUAGCUGGUUUCUCAUUGGCUGUGUGGAUAGCUGUUGGUGCAAUGGUUUAUAAAGAUCCUGUUACUGGUGAUGUGUUACCCGACGCAUUUGUCUUGUAUAGGUUGUCAUUUAUGUGGUACAGCGGUGUCGGUUUCUUAGUAACUGUCGUAAUUGGAUUAAUAUCCAGUGAAAUAAUCCGAUGUUUUAUUGUAGACGAGAGACUACAAGUUGUUGAUCCAGGACUACUUGCUACAUUCCUAAGACCUAAAGGCUGGCAUCAGUAUACCGUAAUAGCUACGGUGCAGGAUGGUGACUCCGAUGACCUCCAGAUUGACGAGCCAAUGAUACCGAGUCUUACAGUCAACACAGAUGAAACAGAGAGAAAUGCGCAGUUAUUAAUGGAUAACGACAAUGUAGAGACUGUUUACUGACUUACGUUAUAUACUCUUUUUGUUUUGCUUUUCAGUCUCAGUUGGUUACUAAUUCUUGUUUUCCUAUAAAAUUGUAUUCUGAACUAUAUGCAUUUUAAUAUCAAAGGGGGCUGGUGGUUAGGGUUGUGUGCCCCAUGUUUAGCAAUGUUACAUACAUAGGUCGAACACACUGUUCAUUCAUUAACAUUUUUGUAUAGAGUCUACCGUGCAUCUUGCAAUAAUUCUAUAAUAAACAGUUGAUUCAGCUACUAAUUCAUAUACAAUUUUGUUGGGGAUAUGGGGGGGGGGGGUGUGAUAAUGAUGUUUUUAAGUCCAGCCCUGCCACCACCAUUCAAAAUAUGAGCCUGAGAUUGACAUUAACCAUUCACUUAGGGGGCCUUGACAAACCAAACAGAUUGGCACAAAUUAUAUGAUAAGUUCAGCUAUCUGUGUACAUUAUGAAAUGCAUAAAAUUAAAAUAUAUUUCAAAUU